UUGUUUGACUAACCACGCGGAAUAGACAGUUAACAGCUGUCAAAAGUUCGUUUACCUGUCAAAAAAGUUCAUAGGUUAGAAAAGUUCAAACAAGGAACAAACAACAAUAUUUUAUAAAUACCGCUCGAACAAGUAGCAAGCUUUAAAGAAUAAAUCUGAAACAAGUACCCGCAGAAGUACCAUAGGACAUAAGGUUUCAAAUUUUAUUAAAACACUUCUUUAUAUUCAAUAUGUCGCACGGUAUAGGCAGAGGCAGAGGUUGGCUUAACCUGAAGGCUCAGAAUCAGACUAUAAACGCUCCGGGCUCAGAAAAUGCUCAGAGCCCUCCCGCUUUGAAUAAUCUACCGCCUCCAAAGGUUAAUUCUAAUGUAAUUGAUACAUUCUCAGAUGCCCAGAAUGAUUAUUCAAGUCUGGUGAGCAAAAUAAAGCAUUUAGAUAUAAAUGAUGAUGGGAUCAUGUUUAAUCAGAAAAUCAAGCAUAUUAUUGAGAGUUGGUACCAGGACUGCCAAAAUGCACCUGAAGUAGAGCAGAGUUUUAAUUUAAUUUACGAAGCCAGUUUGGCAGAUCCAGAAACAGCCGGCAAACUAGUGCUACUAAUCGCUUCCAGGACGUUUUUGUCGCAAGAAAUUCACGAACAAAAUAUCAGGAUGAUGUUUCUGCGGAAGUUACAACAAAGCUUUGAAACUUGCGUCCAAUUACAAUCCGCCAGCCCAAAUUUAUUUAGAAAUAGUGUGCAACUCAUGGGGGAAUUUUUUAACAAAGCCAGGAUGGCCAACGGGCAACAGUUUACGUUCAUGUCGGCUCCAUUAUUGUCUUAUUUGGACAUGCUGCUUGAUUCUGGUGAUUGUAUAGAUCUCAAACUUUUUACUACACAGUUAUACUUAAAUGGCAACACCCUCAAACAAGAAUGCCCAGACCGCGUCACAGAGAUCCUAGGAAAAAUAAGACUGAUGCUCACCUCAGACCAGAAAUACACCAGCGAGUCAAAACUUUGGCUCCUUUUAGCCAUCGAAAUGGCCAACAAUAGAUUCGCCCUCUUACCGGCUGAAGUACACAAUUUCUACCAAGAACACCUUGGAGAUCACGCGAUGGCUUUUUUCCAGGGCUCCCACGGCGCUUUAACCGUCCAACCGGUCCACAGUAAAAAACUAGAGAACUACCAAAGUCACAUAAACGUACUUCAAGUAUCGGAUCCGCCUUCUGAAUCGGCUCAGAAUAACGUUUCGGGUCAGAGUAAUAAUAGUAGCGGGAUCCAGAGCGAUUUCAUAAGUCACAUCGGCAAGGAUACUAACGAUCAGGUUAAUUUAAAUAAUACAAUUAAAUCUGGACGUCCGAUCUUAGGUGCGGGCGCGCGGCUUCAGAAGAACCGAGUGCACCAUCAGCAGCAACAAGAUGAUAACUCAAGUAAUUGGAGCCAAGGGAGUAAGGGAGAUAACGAAACUAAUUGGAGAGAGAAAAAACCUGAGAAUAAUAGAAAGGAUUGGGGGGAUAAGAAGAAGGGGCAGCCUAAGAUGAAGAAGGGUUGGGAGCACGAUGACAGGUUUGACAAUGAUUAUAGCUAACUAGUUGUUGUGUUUUUAUUUUUUUAGGAUAUAGAUAAUUUUUUUUAAUAGUUUGUCUCGACUAUGCUGGAUUUUUUGACUGGUGGGUAGUUGGCGUAUAUUCAGUAUUUACAUAUUGGAGUGAGUGGUUAUAGGGAAAUUUUAUAAUGCAUGGAAACUUAUUGUUUUAAAGAUUUUAACCAUAUCGGGUUUUUUUAGGUGCCACUGUGGAUAUUUAAGGUGGUGAUAGGUAACACCUAAGAUGUUCAAAAAAAAAGAGCGAUAGAAUUGGUUAUUUCGAAUUUAUUGCAAAUAAAAAUAAUAAAUAACAAGCCCCUGUGGCUUUGCGCAUAAUUUUUUUUUGCCAUAAUACGCUAGUAGAGCUAAAAAUGGAGAUGUAUCUACAGAAGGUCGGACUGGAAUAUUUAAAUAUUUGUUGCCCAUGUAAAAAAAACCCUCUGUAGACUUGGUGUUGGUAUUUGUUUCAAUCGUCUGUAAAACUACAUCAAAUUAUAAACAAAACAGUAUACAUUAAAUAAGAUAACAAAAUCAUUUAGCAUACCAGAAGAAAAUGGUAAAAAAAAUAAAUUAAAAGGAUUUAGUUUUUUUCCAGUUUUCUUUGCUCUUGAAAAUAAAUAAUGAUCUUGAUUCAUUUAGCAAACAAAUGAUAUUCUACUUAACCAUACAUACAACUAUAUUAAACUGAAAUGAAAUCAAAAGGAACAGAAUCAGUACACUGAACUAAAAAGGAAUACAUGAAUCAAUGGGGGAGAAAGCAAUACAAAAAAAUAACAAAAUCAUAAUAAGUAAAUAAAAUAAUAGCAGUGUACUAUAUUGGAAAUUGCAGUAUUGAAAACUUCGUCAUAUUUCUGAUAUUUACGGGAUAUGCAGAACAUCAUAUCAUAAAAUAUUAAAAUUACGAUAAUAAUUUGUUAAUAUUUUCUGUGUAAAAUUACAUAAGUGAUGUUUCCAAAUAUUUUCUAUUCUAAGCCAUUUUAAUUUAAUAAUCUUAUUAGAAAUGUGAUCGCGUUUUUUAGAUCAAAGAUUAUGUUUUUAUGAAGAAUAUCAAGACAGGGGAGAAUAUUUAAAAUUGCAAUAAUUAAUGGAAGGAACGAGUGAUUCGGUUAAAAUUUUUUUUAAGCUUAAAGUUUAAAAAGUGUCUGUUAGUAAAAGGAGACAUAAUUUAACUAACACAAAAAGACUGUGGUAUUUGAUUUUAUCGAAUUUAGAGUAAGCUUCUGUAAAUGUUAUGAGAGCUCAGUUAGAAAUUUUAAAUCAGCAUUUAUACCAGCAACAAUAAAGGUAGCGUUAAUUUCAGUAGGCUCAAAAGAGAUUUAUUGCUGCGUCUCAUUUGCAUAAACCAUCAUAUAACAAUUCUUUAAAGAUAACAGCAGUGUAAAGAAUAAAAAGCAAAAUCCCUCACAUAGACUCUUGUGGAACACCAAAUAAUAUAUCCAAUUUUUCAGAAUACAAACAAACCCAACAAAUUUAUUGAUGUCAUACUAAAAAAGGAAAAAAAAUAUGUAUAAAUUAAUACAUGAAUUACGUACAUCUAAAUUUUACAAAAUGUUGUAGAUCGGGUAAUAUCAUUAAAGUUAUUGCUUAAAUGUAUGUUAUUCCUUAAAUGUUUGUUAUAUAUUUAUCUGCUUGAUAAAUAUAUAAUUUAAUUUAAAGAAGAUGAUUUUUGAGAGAACCUAGAAUAUUUCAAUUUAGAUACUAGAAGCCUAUGGUUUAACGUGUCCAAUGCUUUAGUAGUCGAGCAGCAUUAUUUUUAAAGAUUAGUUACUUUGGCAAGCGCUGUAGAUGUACUUAAUGAAGCCCUAAAUCUAAAUCGAUUUGAAUUUGAAUUACCAUUUGUAAUUAAAAUUCAAAUAUUUAUAAUUCAAAAUUGACAUAAUACAGUGUAUGGAAUUAGACAAUGUCCAAAGAAGCUAAAGUUACAAACAUUAUAUUAAUACUACUAGACUAUUAUUAAACCUAGUUUACAUUUUAAGAAGCACGAUUAAGCAUAUAAAGCAGUAAUAUUUAAAAAUCAAAAAAGGUUUCAAUUCCUUUUUAACUGGCGACAAACUAUUGCAAUGUUUUAUGGCAUUUGGAAAUGAAUUCAGAAUCAUAUUUGUUGAAAAAGUUGGAUGUGAAAAAAACUAUGUCUCAAAUAAACUAAUUUUUUAAAAACAAAUAAACACACUUGAAGUAUAUACGUACACGGAAUAGUUAAAAUCUCAAACUGACUAAAAAGCGAUCUGCAGGAAGUUUUGAGGGGUACUCCUGCCACAGAUCUAAUAUUUGUGUUUGAUGUAUGGUACAUUACGAUAUACGCCGAAAAACCCCAAAACUGGAUCCCAUACAGAACCCUAGAGUGAAUUAUGUCAUAGUACACGCACAGCAAUUGGUUUUUAUCCAUGAAGGAUCUAAUAUUUCUUAUGGCAUAACAAAGACUCCCUAAUUUUAAUGACAAAUCAUGGCAAUGAGCCUCCCAUGAAAGAGUGUCAGCCAUGCCAAGAAACUUUGUUAUGACUAUUAGGGGAAGUGUGCCUGUGAUGGACCCCUUAAGAAAUUAUUGGUACCAUUUCUUUAGUUUUGUUGUUUCCAUUUUUUUAUACAAAAAACAAUCUCACUGGAUGUCAAAUAUAGGAAAGAGUGAAUUUUGUAAUAAUAUAUAUAUUUUUUUUAAUAAUGAACGCCUUUAAAAAAAAUAUGAGGGUUCCAUCAAUGGCACCUUAUGUGCCCAUGUUGGCCCCUGUUGUAAAUAAAUAUUAUUUUAUCUUAUUAACUUCUUUUUUAAGCUUUAAUAAAAAAAUAAUUUGUGGGGUACAAAAAUAUACAUAUAAACUCAAAAAAUUAAGUACAUAAUUCACAAAUAAAUGAUUUUCAACGGUAACUAACACCCGCACACUCAAUGUGGCACCACGAUUUAUAUACUUGACAGCGAAUCCACUUUUCUUUGCUACGUAAGUGAGAGAAUAACUCGUUGCAGUAAAUGCAACUGGCAUCAUAUGUGUCUUCUUUACCUUUUUUAAGGAAUUCCUCCAAGAUAGACUCAUCUUCGUCAGAACUGUCAUUUUCAAUGACAAGUAGCCGUUUUACUGCCCUACCUUGUUGUUUUCUUAGUUUCGUUUCCUUUUCAAUAACUUUUUCUUUGAGUUCUUGAAUUUCUGUAGUGGAAUUUAAAUGACCAGUUUUUGCACGAGUUUUGCAUUUUCUUUUUUCAACGCCCCCAGGUACCGCUUGAGGUGGAAGUAAAAUUUCUUUCAGUGACACAUUUAAAACUGAAGAUGAAGAGGUGUGAAGACCAGAAGUACUUGGUUGAUUUUGAAUGUCUAACUCGAUGGUACUGAGUUGAGCCUCCAAUGGAAUCUGCCUAUCCGUUGCUAAAGCUGGCGCAAACUCCCAAUCUUCAUGGAUGAAUUCCCGUCUUUUUAAAUGAAUUUAUUGCGUUAGAUGGAUUAGCAUUCUUCAAAAAGGCUCGAUUAAGAAGGCUUGCUAUUUUAUAUUGUGUGACUGCCUUUCCUGGGUUUUGACGCAGCCAUAAUUGGAUUUCCUGGUCAAAAUAGGUGUGAAGAGGACGAAAGAAUCUGACUCUAAUGGUUGAACGUGAUGGGAACAGUGCGCCGGAAAACAAAAUGCUACAACCCCGUUUUCUUUAGAAAACUGUCUAGAAACAAGGCUUUUAUGGCUACUGUGGCCAUCUAAAAGUAAAAGAACCUUUUUCUCAUUUGAUGCUUUUGAAUACCUUACAAAGUGCUUUAGCCAUUUACAAAAAAUGUCAGUGUUCAUCCAUCCUUUUUCUUGCACAAAAGCUAUGCUACCAGCGGGAGCACCAUUCAUAAGCUCAUCAUUCAUUCUUUGACGAGGAUAAAUAAGAGCAGGUGGAAUAUAAGUACCUAUGGCAUUCAGUGCGCACACUACAGUGACGUGUUUUCCGGAAGAAAGUUAAACUGCUCUAGAGUAUUAGAUAGUGCUUGAAUAUUUGGCUUGUUAAAAGCUUGGGCUCUGGCCAAUGACGUGCUUUCUGGGCAUCGCAAAGAUAUUCGUGGGUUACGUCUUAAAAAUCGCCUAACCUACUUUCAACCUGCCAUUUUUGUUUCCCGAUUAAAAUCAUGUUUUAUAUUAUUCCUCUUGGCUACUACAAAUACCAUCCGUCGCAAAUCUUUAGAAGUUAGUCCAAAAAAUCGUUUUUCCAUUUCAAUAAUAUGUUCGGCAAUCUCCUCUUCGAUGGCUUUAGAGAACGUUGCUUUUCGUCCUCCCAAAUAUCCUUUAGAACAGUCCCGCUUAGCUAAACGUCUUCUUAAAGUUGUCUUCGGUACAAUGAAGGUUUUGGCUGCUAACUUAAAGCCCAUAUUGCUAUUUCUUACAUUCUUAAUAGCCUGCCGCAUGUCAUCCUCAUCCCACUGUUGCCUUUUUUUGGAUGCCAUAUUUAAACCUAAAUAGAAAAAAAUAUAUCUAUAGAAUGACUAAAUUUGUAUAUUGUUGCCAAUGACGGACCCCUUGUUUAUCAUAAGACAAUUUCAAGGGGUCCAUCAUAGGCUGUUUAGCACAAAUCAAAUAAAAAUAAAAAAUUCUUUGCCAUAACCUCAAUUUUUUCCCGGUAGUUAAAACGAAACAGUUUUCCUAAACAGCAGUGAGAAAAAUAGAUUCUAGCAAAUAAUACAACAAAAGUUGUCUAACAUUAGGUUAACCUACUUUGUUAUAUCAGUACUUACCAAUUUUAACUUUUCUGUUUAUUUUCAUAAAAUCACUUUAUAUUUGCACGAGUACAUAUAAACAACUAAAGAAAAGCUUAAAUCAACCUAACCAAUGCGACGAAAAUGUAUUUUGCGCGGUAAAUUUAAAUAUUUAACUAGUGGUCCAUCAUGGGCAGGGAUCCAUCAUAGGCAUAUUUCCCCUAUUUGUUGACGUUGCAAGAAACUACCAUUCUUAAAUACGCAUGGUAAGAUCAAGAUUUAAUUGACUGGUGCGAAAAAUCAUACAUUUGUUUUCUUGAUAUUAAGAAGUUCCUUUAAACCAAUUGUUUAGCUCAUGUAAUGUUUUUUUUUUGUUACAAGGGCUGACGUAUCAUCCGCGUACAUAUGUAACGCGACUUGCAGUAAACCUGUGGACAAAAUAUUUAUAAAUUUAAGAAAUAACACAGGCCUGAGCUCACCUUGAGAUACUCCCAAGUUACUGCGAAGCUUGUGGGAAUAAUAUGAACCUGAUUCAUUCCUUAUUUCCACGUAUUGUGUCUGAUUGAGUAAAGAGGAGGCGAACCAAUUUAAGACGACACUCCUAAUACCGUGUGAUUGCUUAGAUUACAAAAGAUAUCAAGUGCGUAGAUAACCACAUAUAAAAACAGAAAAUAUAAAAGCAGACAAGGUAGAUCUACUUAAUUGGGAGUGCUACAGGCCUAUAGUUGUCAAUCAAAUUAGGAUCCUCUUUUUUAAAAACAGGAAUAAUCUUACAAUUUAGGACUUUAGGCUCACUAAAAGACACUAUACGACUAUACAAAAAACAUGCAAAAGAAAUAUUUUUAGGUUUUUCAAUAAAAGAUUUAUUAAAAUAAUUAGCUGCUUCUAUAGCACUUGUAAAAUAAUUCUAAUUAAUAAACCAUUAUUCUCUACACUAAACUCAAACGCUAUACGAUAUUUUCUUGCUAACUGUUUUUUACUAUGAUUGAUUCAUAUUUUAUGUCUAGCACCUUUACUCCUAUUAUACGUCGUUUCCAAUUCCGGGAUCACACGUCGUCGCCGGUGUAAUUAUUUUGAAUUUUUACUGGAUUUUCUAAUCCAAUCUGUUACCCACGAUUUUAAUAAAUUAAAAUACCAUAAGUAUGGCGAAUAAAAUAAGUCAAAUUUAACUUUAAAAUUAUUUUCCUUAUAGACCUCUACCCAUGUUGCACACUUAAGGACAUAUUCAAAAUAAAUUAUAUUAGUAAAAAUAAUAAUAAGUCUUUAGAUUGAAAAUAUUCAUAAAUUCAUAAAGUUGUGAAAUUGAAGCUUUAGGUCGAAUAGAUAUGAUGCGCAGGUCAAAAAAUUCAUUUGAAUUUGCAAAUUUUGCCAGUGGAAGACCAAUCUCACUGUUAGUAGCAAUUAUUUAAGACUUAAUUUAACUUCAUAUCGUCUUAGUUAUACUAGGGUAUUAUGCCAUGAAAAUUAUUACGAUUACAACUAUUGACGAAGCUAGAGGCUUGUUAUUUAUACAAAAUUAACAAAACCACCGGUGUUUCUCGUUACCACCGUUAUUCGCAAUAAAGCUAUACUAAUCAACUUAAGGGCUCAAUUCUUGAAUACCUAGGUGUCCCCAAUCACUACUUUAAGUAUGUCUAGUGGGUCGUAGAAUAUCUGACACCGUCAGAAUAUUUUAAGGUUUGUUUUACAUCGUACCGUCUGUAUAAGUAAAUACAGUGCAUUCACAAUGAAAUCAACAACUUCAUUUACAAUUCCGGUGUUUUUUUCUUUUAUUUUGCGGACACGUCGAUUAGCUUUGUCACUUCACGCGUUUUUUGCAAUAAAAAUCGUCUAUACAGGGUACCUCAAGUAGAAACUAUAGCGGAAAAGUUAAUUGUCUUAAUUGAAACACCCUAUAUAUCUUGAGAGUUUCUAAUUUUACGAUAUUUUCUCAAUACUUUUUGUAUAGCGAACCAUAUGCCUAAAGUCAGCAGUUUGUCAAAUUUUACGUAACGUAAAUAAAAAUUUAUACAAUAUUUUUUAUAUAACUGAUACAACUGAUUCAAUUUGUUGUCCAUUUACUUCAAUGUUUUUUUAAGGCAGUAAAUAACUGCCAAUUGCACAUUUUCAAUCACUGGAUGUGGAUCGAUUUGCCUAAUUUCUUGUCGAAUUCCUUGCUUUAAAUCAACAUUAUUUGGUCUUUCUCAUUAACUUUAGAAAUAUAGCCCCAUAAGAAAAAAUGUGAUGGGGUUAUAUCUGGUGUCCUUGGUGGUCACUCAAUCGGUCCUCUUCCUCCAAUGCAUCUGUUACGAAAAGGUGCAUCAAGAAAUCGUCGAACGGCGAUGGCUAAGGAGGUGCCCAGUCUUGUUGAAACCAUACCUCUUUACUAGGUAUGUCAACCUCUUGUGGAUCAGGGAAUAAAAUAACUAAAGCAGGGAUAGGUUCAAAUAGUAGAAAGUCCAAGUAACGCUCUCCGUUUAAUGUUUCUUCGAAAAAAAAAGGGUCCAAGGAUUCGAUAUUUCACAAUACCUACCCAUACAUUCAUUUUUUAAGGGCGCUUUGUGUGGUAUUCUUGGAUGCAAUGAGGAUUUUCGGUUGCCCAAUGUCCAAAUUUGCCUGUUAACGUGGUAAAUGGUCACGUAACGAUUGGCCCAUCAGAAAAAAUAAUAUUUCGAAUGAAAUUUCCGUUUUCAUUUUUAGCCUCAAGAAUCUGCUCACAAAACUGCACUCGGCGGUGAAAAUCGUCUUCUAACAAUUCAUGUAUCAGUUGUACUUUAUAAGGGUGAUACUAGUUUUCGCGAAGUAUUUUUGCCACCGUCACUAGUAACAAAUUGUACUAAUUGCAAUAUGGGGAUAAUAAUUAUUAUUAAUCCACAUUUUCUCUUAUUUUUAUUGCAAAGGACGCAUUGAGUCAAGUGGACAACAAAUUAAACAUUAGUUGCAAUAAAUAUAGAAUAAAUUUUUAUGUUUUCAUUUUAUAUGUUUCGUUAGUCUGUUGGUCAUAUUUGGUAAGCUAUUUACUUUAGGCAUAUGGUUGGCUAUACAAAAAGUAUUCAGACUAUAUCAUAGAAUUAUUGUAAAACGUCAUUAUAUGGAGAGUGUUCUAUUUAAAAUGUUGACGCCAUAAUUUCCACUCGAGCAUCCUGUAUAGCAAUUUUUUAUUUCAAAAAACACGCAAGUAACAAUAUUAAUCGAUGUGUCUAAAAAAUAAAUGAAGAAAAAAAAAACCUGAAUUUUAAAUUAAUUUGUUCCUUUCGUCGUGAAUGCACCGUAUAUACAGAACAAGAGAGAUUAUCAUGGGCCCUACCUGUUUUUUUUUUUGUAAAUAUUAGAUUUUAAUAUUAAAUUUUAGAUUCGUAAAUUUUAUUUAUAAUGGAGACUCUUUUUGGUAACUCUUAAAUCUUGGUCGGCUCUUGCUUAUUAUGUUCAAUAUAGGGCAAUUGGAAAUUUACUUGCAACCGUUUAACUUUUUUUUUCGUAAUUAUCUCCGAGCCUUGAGUGGUAACUCUAUAUGUGGCUUAGUCAGACGCUUCCGUCCAUCUCCGGAGGUUCCACUUGUCAGCAGCAGACUCUUCAUUCAUUCCUUUUAGCCCUUAAACUCUUUCUGGGACCUUGUUAUACUUAUAUUAUUGACUCCUGUAACACUUAUAUUAUUGAUUCAUUUAAAUAAAUUUAAACAUGCCUGCCUACCUAUAAGGACCAGCUUCACCUCGUCCAGGAAAAAAUGACAAAAUCUUUAUGUCGCAACAACUAUAAGACUACCCUCAAAACCUUUUAAAAUAAUAAUAAGUUAAAUUGUUUAUUUGUGAUUUGAACAAAUUUCAAUGUCUGUGUUUAAUGUUAAAUUUAUCUGUCUGUAAUCAACAUUUAAAAACUACAUCCGAUAAAGCUAGUAUGUACGUACUAAACUAGUAUAUAGUACUAUAGUGGCAAAUAUAAAGAAUGUUUCAUCGAGUCGGAAAAAGGUGGAUUUCGCCUCUCUUUUCUUCUUCUUUAGAUAUUUUCAUGGCUUUUUUUAGUACAUUUACUGGAAAAUGGGAUAUUACGAUACAACAAUAAAAAUUGCAUUAUUCGAUCUGAGUUUACACUUUAUUUUGUAAGUAAUAUACAUCUGCCCUUUUCGCAUCAUAGUAACUCUUUAUACUAUUUAUAGCAGGACGUAGAGAAGAUGGUGAGACAACGUUGCAGUAAUUGGAUUUUAAGUUAUGAUUAAGUAUACAUUUUAGAUUUAGGUAAUUUAGUAAAUGUUUUUUUUUAACCAUUUGUAUAUAUUGUUUUUAUGCUUAAAUUGAGAUUGUUCCGGCACCCAAUUGUGACUUUUUAAAUCGAGGUGCUAUAUUCUUGAUUUUAGGAUGUUUUUUAUCUUUAUGUUAAUUGUAUGUAUAUUUUUAGCACAAAUUAUCCUGAAAUUGUAACUUAAAAGUGAUAAAACAUUUUAUAUAAAAUUUAGGAUAUACCUAUAGCGCAUUUUGGUGCAGUUAUACAUUGCUGCAAGGUAAAGUUGUAGUGAAUAAACUUUUUUAAUGAGCA